AUGGAUAUGGUGGAAGUCUUGAUUGUUGGAGCAGGUCCAUCUGGUCUCUCCACAGCAGCAUGCCUCAGCAAAUUCUCCAUACCAUAUGUCAUUGUCGAGCGUGAAGAUUGUAUUGCAUCGUUGUGGCACAAACACACAUAUGAUUUCCUCAAGCUCCACAUCGCAAAAGAGUUUUGCGAACUACCACACAUGUCAUACCCGACAGAUGCACCGACUUACAUUCCCAAAAAAGAUUUUCUGAGGUAUGUGGACGACUAUGUUGAGCACUUUAAUAUCAUCCCGAAGUUUAACACUUCUGUUGAGUCGUGCAUAUAUGAUGAGGCAAGAAAACGUUGGGUUAUCUUGGCACGUGACAAAGUGAACGGCACGAUUCUAGAUUAUGCAUCUAGGUUCUUGGUUGUUGCAACAGGAGAAAAUAGUGUGAGUAACAUUCCAGAGAUCAUUGGUCUACAAAGCUUCCCUGGUGAAACUAUCCACUCUUCAAGUUACAAGUCAGGAAAUGAUUAUGUUGGGAAAAGUGUGCUUGUUGUUGGAUCUGGAAACUCUGGAUUUGAGAUUGCUUAUGACCUUGCGGUCCAUGGAGCCAAAACUUCCAUCACCAUUCGGAGCCCGGAGUUGAUCCACUUGGGGAUGGUACUAGCAAAGUGGCACAUUCCACUGAAAUUUGUAGAUUUCAUUCUCAUGGUCCUUGCCUAUUUAUUGUUUGGUGAUCUAUCUAAGUAUGGAAUUGUGAGGCCUCGUAUGGGGCCACUCCUUCUAAAAGCAAAAACUGGUCGCUCUGCCGUUAUAGAUGUUGGCACCACCGAGCUAAUUAAAAAGGGAGAUAUAAAGGUGGUUGGUCCAAUAUCUCACAUUCGAGGUGAUCUCGUAGAGUUUGAGGAUGCAAAUGAAAGAUGCUAUGACACCAUUGUGUUCGCGACAGGAUACAAAAGUAAUGUCAAUAUGUGGCUCAAGAAUGAUAUGGGUAUGCUAAAUAACGAUGGCAUGCCCAAAAAUGACUUCCCCAACCAUUGGAAAGGUGCAAAAGGACUCUACUGCGUUGGGCUUGGAAGGAGGGGAUUGGCUGGUGUUGCAAAAGAUGCCAAUAUGGUUGCUAAUGACAUCCAUGACACCAUAGAAAUGAUGUCCUUUAAUUAG